ACGUCUACUGUAGCUGUAAGCCGACGCUUGUGGACGCUGAAAUAUCAGGUGUAGUCAAAGAGGACCUCAACUUCCACUCAGAUGUCUGGGAAAACAGACUUUGCUUUUUAUGACGUCAUUUGAAGAAAUACUCCUCCAACGGAAGCGUUAAUAGAUAGCCUAUCUGAAAGUGUGUCCGCUUCGGAAGUUUGCGCCCUGCCUUUGUGUGAACGUCAGUAUGUUUGUGUAUCUGCUGGUGCAAUCGAAAGCAGCGCAACUUCAAGUAGCACGAGCGGCUGUUUUAUCAUUUGAUCCAGUUAUUUGCCGAUAAAAGUAAACUUUAACCACUGGACACUGGCCGAGGAGGUCUCGACAUUCCCGCUGGACUAUAACCUAUAGGUUGUUUUAACCGAGGCUAAUAUAGUUGGAGUCUGGAAGAAAAGGCUGCGUCUCUGUCACUUUUUCUCCUCAGCAGAGUCUCCGCGCAGCCCCCGCUCUGUGGCACAUUCAACACGGAGUCAAUCUCACCUAAAACAUGUCCACCAAAUUGUUCCUCUACUUCUUACUUCUUUCAGUGUUUCGUGUAUGUUCUCAAACAGCCGCUUCUGAGGAUGAUGAGUACGACGACGUUACUGUGAAUCAAAUGUUGGCCCCCAAAACCCACGAGACGGACGCAACGCAAAUACUUAACAACUUACUAAAGGAAUAUGACAAAAAACUUCGCCCAGAUAUUGGAGUUAAACCGACAGUCAUAGAUGUUGAUAUCUACGUAAACAGCAUUGGACCUGUGUCAUCAAUAAAUAUGGAGUACCAAAUUGACAUCAUUUUUGCCCAGACGUGGACAGAUAGCCGACUCAGAUACAACAGCACUAUGAAAAUACUGACUUUGAACAGUAAUAUGGUUGGACUCAUUUGGCUACCAGAUACAAUCUUCAGAAAUUCCAAGAGUGCAGACUCACAUUGGAUUACCACACCCAAUCAGCUACUAAGAAUAUGGAAUGAUGGAAAAAUCCUUUACACUCUAAGAUUGACCAUUAAUGCAGAAUGCCAGCUUCAGCUUCAUAACUUUCCUAUGGAUGAACAUUCCUGUCCCCUCAUCUUCUCUAGUUAUGGAUACCCGCGAGAUGAAAUGAUUUACAAGUGGAGAAGGAACUCGGUCCAAGCUGCCGAUCAGAAGUCAUGGAGACUGUAUCAGUUUGACUUCAUGGGCCUGAGGAACACCACAGAUGUUAUUCAGACAACGGCAGGUGAUUAUGUUGUGAUGACUGUAUAUUUCGACCUGAGCAGACGAAUGGGAUACUUCACAAUUCAGACGUAUAUCCCAUGCAUCCUCACUGUGGUUCUGUCUUGGGUCUCAUUUUGGAUAAAAAAAGAUGCAACUCCAGCCAGAACAGCACUAGGAAUAACAACAGUAUUAACCAUGACAACGCUCAGCACAGUGGCAAGGACAUCACUUCCCAGGGUCUCGUACGUCACGGCGAUGGACCUUUUCGUUACUGUCUGUUUCCUUUUUGUUUUUGCGGCUCUAAUGGAGUAUGCCACGCUAAAUUAUUACUCCUACAGCGCUAGAAGGCCGACCUGCAACAAGACAAAACGUCCGAACUAUUCGGUGCUGGAUGUGGGUCCUCCACCCACCGUGAUUACUCUCAACAACUCCAUGUACUGGCAGGAGUUCGAUGACGCCUGCGUGUACGAGUGCUUGGACGGAAAAGACUGUCAGAGUUUUUUUUGUUGCUACGAAGAGUGCAAAGACGGGUCGUGGAGAAAAGGCCGCGUGCAUAUGGACAUUUUGGAACUUGAUGCGUACUCGCGGGUCUUCUUUCCCACCUCUUUCCUAUUGUUCAAUAUCGUCUACUGGGUAGGCUACUUGUAUCUUUAGCGGCCCUACACACCUCAAAACGCAAAGACCUUAACCUGUUGGUUUCGUCCGAGCAGAAACUAAGAGCGGACUGAACUGAGCCUUCUCAAGGUACGUUUAAAACAAGCAGAUACCGGAGCAGAGCUGUGGUCGGUCGAGGACUUUCUUGAAAAAUGAGAAAUAACCCUUAAAGCCAGGCUGUUGGGAAAUAAAUCGCCACAGUCUCUUUAUCUGGUUGCGUUUCUCUGGCAGAAAUCUUUGCCUUUUGUUCUUCAGGUACCAGGAAAAGUUUCACAACGUUCCUCUCACACUAUCUCAUCGUUUUAUGCGUGAGAAAUAACAACUGUUAGAAGUCGAGGUGCGAUAAUCCUUAGGCCAAGACGACGUGAUGAGAAAAAAUGCCUUGCGACGCAUGUGACUUUUGGUGUCUCAUACAAUCCCGGUAGAUUGUCCACAUGAGUGACAUGAGUCUGUCAUCUAGCCGUCAGUCAAAACCAGACAGCUUUCACGUAAGCAGAGCUUUCGGAGCCAUCUAUAGUGCCUUCAACUGGAGGAGAAGCCAUCGGGCAGAGAAAUCUAUGACAUGAUGGCAGGAGCAUUAUCUGGUGUUGACUGACCGCUGAUGGUUUUAUUUUAGUUUGAGUUUAUUUGCUUGUAAACACAGCCACACAUUAUUUUGAUACAUAACAUUUCGAAAUUCAUAGUCACUGCAUGUUAUAUGAUAGAAUUAAGGGUAACACUUCACAGUAAGGUUGUAUUUGUUAAUAUAAGGUAAUGCAUUAACUAACGAAGAACAAUACUUCUACAGCAGUUAUACAUUUUUUAAAUAAAAAGUUGAAUUUGUUAACAUUAUUAAUGCACAAUGAACUAACAUGAGCAAUUGUAUUGGCAUUAAAUGGAUAGUUCACCCAAAAAUAAAAAUUCUUUCAGCAUUUUCUCACUCUCAUGUUGUUACAAACCUGUAUGCAUUUCUUUGUUGUGAUAAACAUGAAGGAUAGAUAUUUUGAUUAAAGUUUGUAACCAAAACAAUAAUGAGCCCCAUUAAUUUUCAUAGUAGAAAAAAAAUAGGAUAAUACUUAAGGGGUGUUCAUAAGACUGACAUGACACCUUCAUAAUCAUAAAAUGACUUUGUUGUACUGUUUUCAUUUAGUUUUAGGUAAAUUGGUCUUCAAAUGCUAUAAAAUUUAAUUUUAUCAAUUUUAAUCAUGAUAAUGAUUAUUAUUUUUGAUUUUAUUUCUUAAACCUGGAGGAAACUUAAAAAAAACUUUAUGAAUUGAAAAACAUGCAUGAUGCUAUUUGACAGAGUAUUAACACCUAAUGACAUUUAAAUGACAAAUUAAAUUUGUAUCACUAUAGUUGAGGUCAAGAAAAAUAUGAAUGACGCUGUUAUAAAACUAUAUGACAGAGUUUAAACACUUAAUGACAUUUUAAUGACAAAUUUAAUUUGUAUCACUAUAGUUGAGGUCAAGAAAAAUAUUAAUAACAAUGUUAUAAAACUAUAUGGCAGAGUUUAAACACUUAAUGACUUUAUAUGACAAAUUUAAUUUGUAUCACUUGUAAAAAGUGGUCAGUUAUGUUGUCUUGGUAAUGUUGUCAUAACAAAAAAAUUUGGUAACACUUUAGUAUAGGGACCAAUGCUCACUUUUAACUAGUGUCUUAUUAGCUUACAUAUUAGCGGUUUAUUAGUGCUUAUAAAGGACAUAUUAAUGCCUUGUUCUGCAUGACCAUAUUUUACAUCCCUUAACCCAAUCCAAUACCUAAACCUAACGUCUACAACAACUACCUUAUUAGCUAUUAAUUAGCAGUAAAUUGGGAGUUUACUAAGGCAAAUGUCAUAAUUAAUAAUCAAUAAGUGUUCCCCAUACUAAAGUGUUACCAGAAAUUUCAAACAAUGUCAUCUUUGCAUUAAAAAUGACAUAAUUGAACAAAUGACACUUAAUGACAGUUGUCAUAAAUGUGCAAAAAACGCUUGUCAUGUCAUGAUUAUGAAGGUGUCGUGUUAGUCUUAUAAACACCCCUUCAAGUAAAGUGUUACCAAGAAUAGUAUUAUUGAAGUAAUGGGGCUUUUGAAUGGGUUGGUUACAAUUAUUCCUCAAAAUAUUUUCCUUUGUGUUCAUCAGAACCCCCAAAAAAUAAUAAUUAUACAGGUUUGUAACAACAUGAGGUGGGGUAAAUGGGUGAAUGAUCUCUUUAACAAGUACAACCUUACUGUAAAAUGUUACUAGUUAAAUCCUACCCUCAAUCAGCACAAUAAUGUAAUAGACCCUCUUUGGAAUAUAAAUGACUGUGUACAGAAUAUUGCAAAAGUUUGCCUAUAUUUCUAGAUUUUUAUAGCAUAAUUUUCCAAGCAAAAGAGAGGAUUAAUAAAGAUUGAAUUAAUAUAUAGUAUAUUCAAUUAUUUUGCUAUUAAAUCUGUUAUAUAACUAAUUCCAAAUUUAAUAUAUGGAUUAAUUAUAUUAUUGGUUUUGACCUGCUUAAAUUACAUAGCAUUAGUUAAAAAAUGCAUGUAUAGGAUUGUAAGAAUCUCACCCUAUAGUCCAGCCCAAUAUGGUAUUAUAUCCGUGCACAUCAAUCAUAGCGAAAUUAGCACAUCCCAGACUUAAGUUUGGCACACUUUUAAGAUUCACAAGCCCUCGAGUAUCCUUUAUAGAGAUUGCAUCUUUUAUACUAACUGGCAUCUAAAAAUUUUCCCAUCCUCUGAAAUGGCAAUAUGGCAAUAUCUACUGUAUAACCACUAUAGCACUUGCAGUACGGUAUCACUGCAUCCUUAAAAGGAGAGAUUAUUAUAAAAUGAAAACUAUGUUAUCGUUUACUCACCCUCAUAUACCCUGAAACUGAAUUUUUUUUCUUAUGGUUUCCAAAUUUUGAUAGUUGAUAGUGACUGGGGCUGCCAAGUGAAAAAUAAAAAAACCUUUGUUUUUUAAUGUUCAUUGUAAAAAAGAAAAAUCAUACAGGUUCGAUGCAGCAUGAGGGUGAGUAGUUUUUCAUCUUUGGAUGAUGUAUGCCUUUAAUAAUGAGUUCGAGUUAAAUGGACUGUCUAAAAGCAUUAUACCCAUUUCCAAUAUAAUCUCCAGCGUACUACAGUAAAAAAAAUUAGCCCACAGAAUCACUGUGCUCAUAACUGAAGUGUAACCCACAAUAAGAUUUGUUAUUGUGUUGCCUUAGGGUCACCUGCACAGAGCUACUGUGAGAUGAUGAUCCAUUACAGAAAGACAAGUGAAAUGAUAUAAAGUAUCUACUUUAAAGUCAUUACCAAAGGAUUCAUGCUAGCUGAAAACAUUAUUUUGUAUCUUGUCUAGCAAAUUAUUUUGUAAUCGUGAUGUUCAUUAUGAUCGAUUGAUACUUUUGUGUUAUGGGUAAUAUGGUCGAUGGCUGAUCACACGAGGACUAGUACAUAUUUUAUGAGUUGGCUAAUUAAUAUGAAUUCAUACGAAGUUAAUCAUGCAAAAACAAUAAUGAAACCCCACUCAUAAACAGUGUUGGGGAAAGUUACUUUUAAAAGUAAUGCAUUACAAUAUUAAGUUACUCCCCAAAAAAGUAACUAAUUGCGUUACUUAGUUACUUUUCAUGGAAAGUAAUGAUUGCAUUACUUUGAGGUUACUUUUUCAUUACGUUUUCUUACUUGGCUUGAUCUCUUUCGAGCCUUGCAGGUAUAAGCACUGGUCUGCCAUCUCCGUUUCUUACUCAAACUGUUCCCGCUCAGUCGCACAGAGUGCGUAAUUCUCGUUAAUACAUUCAGUUUAAUUCAGUACAUUAUUUUAUUUUUAAAUUGAAUUAAUUAAACUUGAAAGUAACUCAGAUUACUUUUUUAAAAAAGUAACUCAAAUAUUAAUGUGUACAUUCAUAAAGUAAUGCGUUACUUUAACGUUACUUAAGAAAAGUAAUCUUAUUACAUAAUGCGCGUUACUUGUAAUGCGUUACCCCCAACAGUGCUCCUAAACCCACCGUCAUAGGGGUCAAGGCAAAUUAUACAAAAAUGUACGAAUGUGGACGAAUUAGCCACGUUGUAAAAUACAUACGAAUUACCAUGAGAUAGCGUUGCAAUAUUUGUGUUAUUUUCUUCUGUAGCAUUUUUCUUUUGCAUUUUCCAUCUGAUACCACUGUGGAUACUACUGUAUACAAAAUGUAUUACCAUUAUAUUUUUUCACUCUUCAACACAACCUCUCUCGUAUUUAAUCUGUCGAAUCACAUAUUCACUUCUUUUCUAACCUGUACUCAGUGUGAGACCUUUGACAUGACCUGACAGAAUGCAGCAAGUGACUUCAUAAGAUUUUUAUUUAUUUAUUUAUUUAUAUAUUUAAUAAUCGUCUUGCAGUUUGACUUUUUGAAUAACUAGAAAUGUGCUGUGAAUUCCUGCCAAACCAAUUCUUUUUUUUUAUUUCAUGAUGCUGUAGUAACUUUUUGAAGGUGUCGAUCCACUAUUACGAUUCUAUUUGAUGAUAAUACGUGAGUGCUUCAUCAUAUCGUUGUUAGUGCAAGUGUUCGCUUUGGCGUUCAAUAAUUAUUAGCUGUUCAUUUUUAGUGGUGCUAGAUCUUCAAACUAACCUAUCAUCAUUCAAGCUAAUGGCCUCGUGCCCAAGAACUCAUAAAAGUCUAGGUAAGAUCUGUUACCUGAAGUUACCUAAAGCCAUAUGCUGGAAUUAAAUCCAAUUAUACUUACGCUUUUUAUAGUGGCCUAAUAAUGACAUCAAUUUCCAAUGAAGAGAUUUUCUGAGGAAGGAAAUAGAGAAUCUGUGCAUCAGCCAUUGAUGAGGUUUAAUACUUAUUUGGUCACUUCGGUCAUAGACUACUUGAUUAUCAUUAUUCACGGUUUAAGCCAGGGAUGUCCUUUCAGUGCAAUGAAUAAUACAUUAUGGUUUUUGCUUGUUUCUUUUUUAGGCUAGAAAAAAAAAUUUACACAUCCAAGUGACCUUUAAGAGGGUGGAUCUGCUAUCCUUAAGAAAUAUAACAUGCACAUAAAAACACUCAGUACUCCAUAUAUCCUGCCCCUUUUUUUUCUUUCUCCAUUACAUUGUUAUAUACAGUAAUAGAAUUUAACUUUAAAAUAGCCGGUUUACCAUUACAGUAAAGGCUGAAUGCCAAAGAAAUCUCAUUCAUUACUCUGCUAUGGAUGGAUGGCUUCUAUAUUCAUCUUAUUUGCCAUCAACAUUCACUUAUAUGCCGAAUAUAUGCUUUAGGUAUUUGUUUGUGAAUUACUCUACACUGUAAAAAAUUGUGCUGGUUCAACUUACAAAAGUUAGUUACCUAGGGUUAAUUCAGGUUAAAAUAUUAUUUUCCUUAAAAAUU